AUGGAAAUAGACAACGACGUGGCAAUGCAAGACGUUACUGAGGAGCGUCUGGACCCUACGCUGGAUGAGGACGCAUCUGCAGAGCUGCACGAUGGCGCAAACUCGAGCGAAGGGCCCGGCGCGUCUGGCAUAGCGGACCACAAGGCGUCCAAGCCACUGCAGCUGGACGCAGGCAACAUUGGACAACUGGAUCAGUGGAUUGAGCAUCUCGGCAAGUGCCAGGUGCUAUCAGAAGAAGACGUCGCGCGCCUGUGCAAAAUGGCAGUCGAUGUCUUGCAGUUCGAGGAAAACGUGCAGCCGGUCAACGUGCCGGUAACGAUAUGUGGCGAUGUUCACGGUCAGUUUCACGACCUAAUGGAGCUGUUCAAAAUCGGGGGACCUUGCCCGGACACCAACUAUCUGUUCAUGGGUGACUACGUUGAUAGAGGCUACUACUCGGUCGAAACUGUGUCAUAUUUGGUGGCCAUGAAGGUGAGAUACCCCAAGAGAAUCACCAUCCUCAGAGGUAACCACGAGUCUCGUCAAAUCACACAAGUCUACGGGUUUUACGACGAAUGUUUACGGAAGUACGGUAGCGCCAAUGUCUGGAAAAUGUUCACGGACUUGUUCGAUUACUUCCCCAUUACUGCAUUAGUCGAUAACAAAGUGUUUUGUUUACACGGCGGGCUGUCGCCGAUGAUCGAAACCGUGGAUCAGGUCCGCGAGCUUAAUAGAAUACAAGAAGUACCACACGAAGGUCCCAUGUGUGAUCUACUUUGGUCUGAUCCAGACGAUAGAGGCGGAUGGGGUAUCAGUCCAAGAGGAGCCGGUUUCACUUUUGGCCAAGACAUCAGCGAACAGUUUAAUCACACAAACGACUUGUCGCUCAUCGCCAGAGCACAUCAAUUGGUUAUGGAAGGCUAUGCAUGGUCACAUCAACAAAACGUAGUCACCAUUUUCAGUGCACCCAACUAUUGCUAUCGAUGCGGGAAUCAAGCUGCCAUCAUGGAAUUUGAUGAAAAUCACAACCGUCAAUUUCUCCAAUACGACCCGUCCAUGAGACCUGGCGAACCCACCGUUAGCAGGAAAACUCCUGAUUAUUUCUUAUGA